CGUUCAGACUUCAUCGCUAUGAUCGGAGAAUACGUCGGGACUGUGCUCUUCAUGAUCUUCGCUUUGGGCGGAACCAACGUCGCCCUCAUCCCCAGCACCUCCAUCACUGGCGAGACCGCCGCCGGACAAGACAACUCGGCUGUGUCUACCGUCAACACCUCCAACCUCCUGUACAUCGCACUGUCCUUCGGUUUCUCCCUCGCCGUGAACGCCUGGAUCUUCUUCCGAGUCUCCGGUGGGCUCUUCAACCCCGCCGUGUCACUCGGUAUGAUGCUUGUCGGCGCCUUGACACCGGUCCGCGCUGCACUGCUCGCCUUUGUCCAGGUCCUCGGCGGUAUCACCGGAGCUGCCAUUAUUGACGCCAUCACUCCCGGCACUUUGAACGUCCGUACCCAGCUCGGUGGCGGGACGUCCGUCGCUCAAGGUCUCUUCAUCGAAAUGUUCCUCACGGCGCUCCUCAUGCUCGCCAUCCUCUUACUCGCCGCCGAGAAGAACAAGGCCACCUUCAUCGCCCCUAUCGGUAUCGGACUCGCGCUCUUUGUCGCUGAGCUCCUCGGUGUCUACUAUACUGGUGGAUCGCUGAACCCGGCCAGGAGCUUUGGGCCGGCGGUUGUCUUGAGGACGUUCACCAACUACCACUGGAUCUACUGGCUCGGCCCCGCUCUCGGAGCCAUCAUUGCCGCCGGGUUUUACAAGAUGCUCAAGUGGCUGCAGUACGAGACUGUCCUCGGCCCCGAGGAUGGCGAGGCACCGCGCCCCGCUGUGCUCGCUCUCGCUGCACCAGGUGGCAUGAUGGACGAGGAGAAGGCGAUUGGAUCCGGCGGUGACAACAACACCGCUGGCGGUAUGCUUGCUGUCUCUGGACCGGGUCUUGGGGAUCUGCACACUGAGCCCGCUAUCACCGGUGGUGUAAGUGUCUAUUCUUUCUUGAAGCUAUGA